AUGGCCGUUUGUGACGCAAAGUAUACGUUUACUGCAAUUAGUAUUGGAAGCUAUGGAAGUCAAAGCGACGGAGGCAUAUUUAGGAUCUCACCAUUUGGUCAGGCACUACUUUCCAAUCAAUUACCACUACCACCUGAUAAGCCGUUGUGCAGUGAAUCGCAACCAUUUCCACACUACUUUGUUGGAGAUGCUGCAUUUCCUUUAAGGAGAAAUAUUAUGCGACCAUAUGCAGGCACAAACUUAGACAGAAGCAAGCGCAUUUUUAAUUAUAGACUUUCUCGAGCUCGGAGGGUAAUCGAGAACAGUUUCGGCAUUUUAAGUGCACGUUGGCGCAUACUUCUACGCACAAUGGAGUGUAGCCCAGAAAAUUGCGAAAAAAUUGUUCUGGCGUGUAUUGCAUUGCACAAUUUUAUUAUGUUGAACGACCACCAGCGCUGGUAUUGCCCUGAUAAUUAUACAGACAGAGAAGGAGCAGAUAAUGUUGUACACCAAGGUGAUUGGCGACGCGAUAUUAACGACAGUCGUGGUGCUUUCCGAACUGUUACCACAUUUGCACGUAGGGGUCCUGCAGAGGCCUUCCAACUGAGAGAGAGACUUGCACAUCAUUUUUUGAAUGCAGGAGCUGUUUCCUUCCAAAAUGGAAUAUAUCAUACACCUCAGCGGAAUUGA